AUGUAUACGAUCUCAAACAUCUAUGUUCUGGCCGCAUUCGGCACCAUUGGUGGUGCACUCUUUGGUUUCGAUGUCUCAUCUAUGAGCGCACGGAUUGAUCAGGAGCAGUAUCUGGAGUACUUCAACUAUCCUGACUCAAACUUGCAAGGAGGCAUCACUGCCUCCAUGUCAGCCGGAUCUUUCCUUGGUGCUCUUGCUGCAGGAUCCAUCUGUGAUGCUGUUGGCCGCCGCCGUUCUCCAAUGCUCGCUUCACAAAAUGUCGCCCAGUUGAUCGUCGGACGCAUUGUCAGCGGUCUUGCUGUUGGCAUCACCUCCUCUCAAGUUUGUGUGUACCUAGCCGAGCUGGCUCCGGGUAGCAUUCGUGGACGUAUAGUCGGUAUUCAGCAAUGGGCUAUCGAAUGGGGCAUUCUCAUCAUGUUUCUGGUCGCCUAUGGCUGUGCCAAGGGCGUCAGUGGCCCUUCCGCCUUCCGCAUCGCCUGGGGUGUUCAAGGUAUCCCUGCUUUCGUUCUCCUUGGUUCUCUCUUCUUCUUCCCCGAGAGUCCCCGCUGGCUCGGUUCCAAGGGUCGAUGGCAAGAAGUUGAAAACACUCUUGCUUUGCUUCAUGCCAAUGGGAAUCUUGACGAUCCCGCUGUUCAAGCCGAGUUGCUUGAGAUCCGCGAAGCUGUUGCAGCUGCUCAACACACUGAGGGUAAGAUGUGGAAACGUACCAUGUGCGGUACCACUGUCCAGGUGUGGCAACAGCUCCUUGAUGGCAAUGUUGCCAUGUACUACAUUGUGUACAUCUUCCAGAUGGUCGGCCUCGGCGACCAAACUCUGACUUCAUCAAUCAUCCAAUAUGUCAUUUUCCUCGUCACAACAGGUCUCAUUUUGCCAUACAUCGACAAAAUCCCUCGCCGUCUCCUACUUACUGGAUCUACAAUAUGCUGUAUCUGCCAUUUAGGACUUAUGGCAAACUAUGGACACUCCGUCGACUCGAUUAAUCGAAACUCAAUAUUAAGAUGGCAGGUCGACGACAACACUGCCGCCAAGGGCGUUAUCGCAGUCAGUUACAUUUUUGUUACGACGCAUAUUCAAGUGACAUGGGCUCCGUGUGGUUGGAUCUAUUCUUCGGAGGUCUUCCCUCUCAAAUACCGUGCCACUGGUGUCGGCCUCUCUGCUGCUACAAACUGGAUCUUCAACUUUGCACUGGCAUACUUCGUCGCCCCUGCUUUCACUAACAUAACCUGGAAAACCUACAUCAUUUUCGGCGUCUUCUGCUUCACCAUGACAUUCCACAUCUUCUUCUUAUAUCCGGAAACCUAUGGCAAGACCCUUGAAGAAAUUGAUGUCCUCUUCGACGCCAAUAUUCCUGCCUGGAAGAGCAGUCAAGUCAAGAGCCGCUUCAGCGAGAGAUUUGACACUGCAGUCCGCAAGGGUUCUCUCACCGAGCACGUCGAGAACGAGGCUGACGAAAAGAAGAGUUCUGAGGCUGCUUUUCAGAAGGAGAGUGUGUAG